AUGGACGCCCUAAAGAGGAUUGAGAAGAAGAAGAAGAAAGAUAAAAUGAGUCUGAUGUGCCUGCCUGCCAAGCGGGCUGUCACCGAACACGCCCACCUCUCUUUCUUCGCUCCACUGGCUCCACAAGACGAGGACUCCCUGCCGUCCAUCUCCCUGAGGUGUCCCAAGAAACCGCGCAAAGCGCGGACAGCGUUCACCGAGCAGCAGCUAAAGACUCUGGAGAAAAGUUUUGAGCGCCAAAAGUACCUCAGCGUGCAGGAUCGAAUGGAGCUGGCGGCGAAACUCAACCUUACGGAUACCCAGGUCAAGACCUGGUACCAGAACAGAAGGACAAAAUGGAAGAGGCAAGCUAUGGUCAACAUCGAGCUGCUCCCUGGAAUGCACGGCGCCGUCUCCGCUGCUGGCCUAUGGCCCUCCAGUGCGGCUGGCCUCAGUUCUGGAUUUCCAGCAGCUUUCUGGCCUUACCCGUACGGCGGUUACUUCAACGCGGCCGCUGCCGCCGCCGCCGCGGCCAUGAGCAGAGGCGGCGGUAUUUUCCCGGUGUCUUCGGUUGGUGGCGCUGCAGUCGGCGGCAACAUGGAGAGCCUUCAGCGAGCCCUGGAAUUCUAUCAGCAGAGGGGAGCUCAGGCGCUCCUCGGGGUCGACUCUCAGCUCCGACCAGCCGUCGCUACCAAUAUAAACAACAACAGUGCUUCCAUUGUGGUUGACUCGUCCAAAGCUGACGCCGACCUUCGCCACGAAGACAAACAGUGA